UCGAUUGUAAGCUGAAGAAUGGUUUAUCAUUAGAAUGAUUGGAAUCAUUUCUCAUCUAUAAUUCGGGCGAUAUUACAAACAGCUACAGUUUUGACAGUGUUAUAAAGUAAAAAAAAUAAAAUAUAUAAAAUAAACAUAACACUUUAUAUUUAGACAUAGCAUUUCUAUCUCGGGUUAUAUCUAGAUAAUUCGAGAAAAUAAGUUGAAAUCAUGUGUGACAAUGAAGCAAGUGGAUCGUGGAACGGUAUUGACUCCGGCGAGGAAAUUGUUAUUUCUGGUAUUGCUGGUAGAUUUCCUGAUUCAGAUAACAUGAAUCAGUUACGAGAAAAAUUAUUUAAUAAAAUUGAUUUCGUUAGAAAAGGUCGAUGGAAAAUAGACCAUCCGGAAAUUCCAAAUAGAGUAGGAACGAUUAACAAUGUGGAAAAAUUUGAUGCGAAUUUCUUCGGAUUAUCUUUCGAACAAGCACACACUCUCAUUCCCGAAACGAGAUUGUUAUUGGAAUGUUCUUAUGAAGCAAUUGUCGAUGCAGGAAUUAAUCCAAAGCAAUUACGAGGAAAACAUACUGCUGUCAUCAUAGGAGUAACUUUAAUUGAAUCGCAAAAGAAACUUUUAUAUGAAACCGCUCAGUUAGGAGGUCACAAUCUUAUUGGGUGUAGCAAAACUACAGCAGCAAACAUGAUUUCAUACUAUUUUGAUCUGAAAGGACCAUCAUAUACUGUUGAUACAGCAUGCAGUUCCAGCCUUAGUGCCAUAGCUAUUGGUUAUGAUUUUAUUAUGUCAGGCAUAUGCGAAGAUGCAAUAAUUGGAGCUGCAAACUUAAGUUUUAUUCCUACUAUACCCCAACUAUACACUCUGCUUGGUGUUUUGGCACUCGAUGGUUAUUGCAGACCUUUUGAUAUUGCUGCAAGUGGUUUUUCGCGUUCUGAAACGGUGUCAGUGGUAUACCUUCGAAAGGCGAAAAAUGCGAAGAGGAUUUAUGCCAUAUGUCCGCAUAUUAAAUUAAACAGUGAUGGUUACAAAGAAGAAGGAAUAACAUACCCGUCGUCGUUUAUACAAAGUAGAUUACUAACAGAGUUAUACGAUGAAUGUGGAAUACCGACAUCUUGUUUGGAUUACAUUGAAGCACAUGGUACCGGUACCAAAGCUGGCGAUCCCGCAGAAAUUAAUGCAAUCUCUAAUGUAUUGUGCAAGAAUAGAGAAACUCCAUUAAUGAUCGGCUCUGUAAAAUCUAAUCUUGGACAUGCUGAACUUGCCAGCGGUUUCAAUCAAAUCGCUAAGGUAAUAAUAGCAUUUGAAACCGGUUUUGUUCCACCAAAUAUCAAUUAUACAUCGCCAAGGGAUGAUAUAGAGGCUUUGAUAAACGGAACUGUUCGUGUCGUCGAGGAACCAUUCCCACUUAAAAAUGGUUACAUAGGUAUUAGUUCUUUUGGAUUUGGGGGGGCUAACGCUCAUAUGCUAUUAAAAUGGAAUCCGAAACGGAAAGUUAAUAAUAGCACGCCAAAUGAUGAUUUGCCAAGACUUGUAAUAUUAUCUGGACGCACGAAAGAAUCAGUGAAAUUGUUUUUAAAUGACAUUGCUAAUCAUCAGAUAGAUGUAGAAUACAUCCGUUUACUACACGACGUUCAUUCAGACAAUAUAGAAGGUCAUCCAUGGAGAGGAUAUAUAAUAUUGAAUACUUUACAACAAGAAUCAAUAAAAGAAAUUCAAAAUUGUAAAAAUAUAAAAAGACCUGUUUGCUUUAUAUUUUCAGCCUUAGGGUCACAAUGGCCAGGAAUGGGUCAAAAUUUAUUAAAAUUUAAAGUUUUCGCAAAUACGAUAAGAAUGUGUGACACUAUUUUAAAACCUUAUGGUAUAAAUGUCACAGACAUUUUGACAAAUACAGAAAAAAAAGUGUGCGAAAACGCAUUAUUUGCAUUUGUUGGUAUUGUCGCUAUUCAGAUUGGUUUAGUAGAUCUCCUAACAUCUUUAAAAAUUACUCCGGAUUACAUGAUUAGUCAUUCUGCUGGUGAACUGGGUUGCGCGUACGCGGAUGAAUGUCUCACAGUUGAACAAACUAUUUUAUCAGCAUAUUUUAUUGGUUUGACAUGUGCCGAAACGAAAUUAAUUCGUAGCUCUAUGGCAAUUGUCAAUUUUGAUUAUAAGUGCCUUAUAAAUAUGUGUCCAGCGGAUAUUAAAAUAGUAUGCCGCAAUAGCGAGAACAGUAGCAUUGUUAGUGGUCCCGAAAAAUCAAUGCGCGAAUUUAUGAAAAAAUUAGAGGUUAAUAAUAUUUAUGUGAAAGAGCUGCACUGUAACGUGCCAUAUCACAGUUCCUACCUCACGCUCGUGGAAUCUCAGCUUUUGUCCAAUUUGAACAAAAUAAUACCAUGUCCGAGAAAACGAAGUCCGAAGUGGAUAAGCACUUCCAUACCUCGUGCCGAAUGGCACACUUCAGCAUCAAAAUUGUCAUCAGCGGACUAUCAUACACGUAGUAUACUAAAUACUGUUCUCUUUGAACAAGCAAAAUAUUUAAUUCCACCUGACGCUGUGACCGUCCAAAUCACACCAGACAACGUUCUGCAACAAGUUUUGGAAAAAUCCUUACAUCCAGAAAUUACAAACAUUUUAUUGACUCGACGCACUGAACAAUACAAUAAUAUAAUUUUUAAAGGAAUUGGGAGGCUUUACAACUGUGGUUUACAACCGCAAGUUGCCAAUUUAUAUCCGCCAGUAACAUUGCCAGUUAGCCGAGGGACUCCUAUGAUCUCCCCAUCGAUCAGAUGGCAUCAUUCCAAAGAUUGGUUUACAUUGUCUGAUGAAGAACACAAAAUCAUGAAAUCAAGAGAAAGGUAUGUUGAAAUCAUACUCGAUGAUGAAGACUAUGAGUAUAUGAGCGGCCACGUAGUUGAUGGAAGAAUUUUGUUACCCGCGACGGGUUAUCUUGCUCUGAUUUGGCAAACUAUGGGCAUGAUGACGGAGAGAAUAUACACAACAAUACCGAUAACAUUCCAAGAUGUAAAAUUUAUUCGUGCUACUCAUUUAUCAAGAAAUAAUGCUGUUAUAUUAACGAUUGCGAUUCAAAAAGACGGAAAGUUUGAAAUAACUGAGGGCGAAAGCGUUGUUGUGACAGGUAUAGUGCACGAGACACCAAAUUCAGAACAGAAAAUGACUUCAACGGAUCUAUUGCCGGAGAACAACGAAGAAGAACAUAUGACCGCACGAGAUAUCUAUAAGGAGUUAAAACUGCGCGGUUAUCAGUAUACCGGUUUGUUUCGUGGAUUAAAGAGUGCAUCUGUUUCAGGCAAAAGAGGGCAUAUCAUUUGGAGAAACAAUUGGAUAACAUUUAUGGAUAACAUGUUACAGAUGUACAUCCUCGGUUGCGAUACUAGGGAUUUGUAUGUUCCCACGAAUAUUAAAAAAUUGGUAAUUAAUCCCACGUUUCACGUAACGAUGCUACGAAACGACGCUGACGUUCAAGAGGCUACGACAGACAAAGCCAAACAAUUACCAAUACGCGUAAACAGAGAACUAGACACGAUUGUAGCUGGUGGAAUAGAAAUUCGAGGUCUUACCGCCUCACAGAUCUCUCGCCGGAAAUUAGCUCAAGAUGCAGUUAUCGAGAAACAUAUAUUUGUAGCUCAUUGUGAUCGCGCCAAGAUUUCUUUAAAUGAAGCGAUUCGAAUAUCAGCGCAGCUUGCGCUGGAAAAUCAUCAAAUUAUUAAAGUGAAAAUUAUCGAGUUAGUGGAAGAUGACGAUAGUAUUCCAUUAGAAUAUCUCUCAUCUUCAUUUCUCAAUGAGGCAUUUAAUGAUAUGCCAUUGAUACAAACGAAUAUUACUUUAUUAACAUCGCCGAAUCGUUUCAAUCCAUCAAAUUUAUCAAAAAACAUUUCAAUCGCAGAUUUAAACAAAGCACCCAUAGAUGACAAAGCUUUAAUAGUUGCCGGAUUCAAUCUUCUGACCAAACGACAAACCUCAUUAGAGCGACUGCUGCCAUUUUUGAGAAAAGAUGGUUAUCUGUUGACGCGCGAGAAUCGCGACGUAACUGACUAUAAGCAAUACUUGCAGCAGUACAAAUUAAAUGUUAUUCUGGAAAAGUGCACUGAUAAAGAAACGAUUGUGCUUCUGAAAAAGAAAGUUUUGAUAGAAAACAGAACUGUUGUAUAUAUAAAUAAUGAUAACUUUAAUUGGUUGGAGGAUCUAAAGUCUCUUGUGAGCGACGAGAACAAAUUCGAGAAGAAUAGUAGAAUUAUAAUUGUUGCUGAGAGAGAUUUUGAGUGCAGUUUGUUGGGUUUUGUGAAUUGCUUGAGAAAAGAACCGGGCGGAGAAUUUGUUAGGUGUAUGUUUAUUCAAGAUAAGGAGGCUCCUAAAUUUUUUCUACAAGAUUCCUUCUAUUUAGAGCAGCUGCAAAAAGAUAUGGCCAUUAACGUAUUGCGACCUAAUAAGACUUGGGGAUCAUAUAGACAUUUAAGAUUACCACAAGCGGAAGCGAAACUUGUACCUACCACCCAUGUGUGCCAAAUGCUCCAAGAAACGACCAUCUCAUUCUGUUGGACAGAAAACAAUCUGUCUGCCGAGUCUUGCCGUGAAGAUUUGGUACAUGUGGUUUACUCAACACUCAAUUUCAAAGAUGUAAUGCUUAUGACUGGCAGAUUUACAUUAAAUCGAGCACUUUCGUAUGGACGGUUGUUUGAAUAUAUACCAUUUGGAAUGAAAUACGUGGGAUUUGAUGCCAACGGCCAACGUGUAAUGGGACUUCGUGAUACUGAUUGUAUAGCGAACGUUGUUGUGAAAGAUAAAGUCUUCUGUUGGAAAAUACCAGAUGCAUGGUCAUUCGAGAAGGCGGCGACGGUUCCAUGCGUUUACAGCACAGUUUAUUUAGCCCUAUAUAUUUUUGGAAAAAUGAAGAAAGGUGAUAAAAUACUUAUACAUUCUGGUUCUGGCGGUGUUGAUCAAGCAGCUAUUCAUCUCGCUCUCAAAAAAGAAUGCGAGGUGUUCACUACCGUGGGCACGAGUGACAAACGAAACUUUAUUAAGCAAAUGUUUCCGACUAUUUUGGAUGAACAUAUUGGAAAUUCUCAAGAUACUAGUUUUGAACAAAUGAUAAUGCAACAAACGAAAGAUCGUGGUGUCGACAUAGUCUUAAAUUCGUUGGCUGAAGAAAAGUUAAUCGUCCGUUGUUUGGCACGAAAUGGUCGUUUCUUGAAGCUUGGCAAAUUGGAUUUAGUUUCAAACAAUCCCGUAAAUAUGUCUGCGUUUCAAAAGGGUAUUUCCUUUUAUGGAGUUCUACUCGAUAAUAUGUGCAUUAGGAAUCACAAAUAUAAAUCCCUAAUAUCAAGAAUGGUAACUGAUGGUAUUAAUAAUGGAAUUGUCAAACCACUUCAAGUAAAAAUUUUUCCGCACACUGAUACCGAAGGAGCUGUUAGGUAUAUGUCAAGUGGAAAACAUGUAGGAAAGAUAAUUAUAAAUAUCCAGGAAGAAGGUAAACCUUUGGGCAAUCACAUUCUCGCCUAUCGUCGCUAUUAUUGUCUCAAAGACAGGAGUUAUAUUAUACUAGGUGGAUUGGGUGGAUUUGGCUUGGAGUUAACUGACUGGCUAAUAUUUCGAGGCGCUAGAAACGUCGUGCUAGUUUCACGUACUGGAAUGAAAAAUGGUUACCAGCGCAUGAAGGUUCGACUAUGGAAAUCGUACGGUGUAAAUGUGCUGAUUAUCAAGGACAUUGAUGUCGCUGACACUCAGGAUUGCAAAUAUCUCUUGCGAACCGCGGAAAGAGAAGGACCAGUGGACGCGAUAUUUAAUCUUGGUGUUGUAUUGAAAGACAGUGUUCUAAAGAAUCAAACUGCUGAAACUUUUGCGGAGUCUUUCCAAUCAAAGGCUCGAGCAACUCAAACAUUGGAUAAACUUACCAGAGAGAUCUGUUCUAAAUUACGGCAUUUCGUAGUAUUCUCUUCCGUUUCCUGCGGCAGAGGAAAUGCCGGACAAACUAAUUAUGGCAUGGCCAACUCCGUCAUGGAGAGGGUGUGCGAGAAAAGAGCGGAGGAAGGAUUACCUGGAUUGGCAAUUCAGUGGGGAGCCGUGGGCGAUGUUGGUCUCGUGGCAGACAUGCAAGAAGAAGAUAAAGAAUUGAUUAUCGGUGGCACUUUGCAACAAAAAAUAUCCUGCUGUCUCGACGAACUCGAAAAAUUUUUGCCUCAAAGCCAACCAGUUGUGAGCAGCAUGGUCGUGGCUGAAAAGAAAGCGGGAUCUUCCGGACUUGAUAGUAUGGUGGAAACUGUUGCUAAUAUUUUAGACAUAAAAAACAUGAAAGUUGUAAGUCAAAAUACGGCUUUGGCCGAACUCGGAAUGGACUCCAUGAUGGCCGUUGAAAUCAAGCAAACUUUUGAACGAGAAUUUGAUAUUUUUCUCACUGCACAAGAAAUAAGAAAUCUUACUUUUGCAAAACUCAUCAAGAUAUCUGAUGAAAAUGUUAGCGACGAUAAUAUGCAUGACAAAAAGAAACUCGAAGACACAGAGGAGCUACAUGUUAUAAAAUAUUUAGUUGGUGUUGUAAAAGAUGAAGAUUUUGUUUCACACAUCUGUUUUGAUCUCUCUACAAAAAGACAGAAAACUACGACUGAAGUAUUUCUUAUUCCGGGUAUCGAUGGAUGUGGAACUAUAUUUAAUUAUUUAGCACCAGAUAUUAACUUUUCAGCAACGUCUUUGCAUUAUAAUACAAACAAUAUCGAUGCUACUACAAACGUUAUAUCUGAGACAACUGAUCAGCUUACAAACCAUAUAUUACCGAAGCUGAAAGAUGGACAAGAUUUUGUAAUAGUAGGAUACUCCUUCGGAUCUGUUAUUGCAGUUGAGUUGGCAAGAAGAUUGGAAGCUAUGUAUUUUAAAGGCCGACUAGUUCUCAUUGACGGCGCUCCUGAACAAGUACGAAUGGUUUGCAAACAAUUUACAUCAGAUUCUGACGAUGUAAACCUUCAGAUUUUUGUUCUUUAUAAUAUUAUGGAAAAUUACUUAGCAGGAAGCAGUAAAAAGAUUCUAAUGGAUUUGAGCAAAUGUAAUACCUGGGAAGAGAGAUAUAAUAUUUUUGCCAUACAAUUCUUAACCACAAAUACGUUACUUUCACCCGCAAAUUUAAAGACACUGUGUGCAACAGUUUACAAACACUUAUCCGCUAUUCAGCAAUAUGAUCCAUCUAUGUUGCCACCUAUUAAAUCUCCCAUAAUAUUGCUAAAAAGUACAUAUCCGUUGCCUAUACCCAUAACCGAAGAGGAUUAUGGUUUGCAGAAGAUAACUCAAAAUGUGGUGAAAGUACAUUACGUCGAGGGUACUCAUGUUACGAUCUUAAGAAAUAAUAAUGUGCUAGCUGCAAUUAAUGGAGAGCCGCCGUUUGCAAUUUAAUGUGUUACUUUAUAUGUAAUUUGAUGAUUGGUAAUGAAAAAUUGUUUCAAAUAAAUAAAAUUGAGGUGGAAGGAACACGGCAGUUGUAGCUAGUUCUUUUGUGCUCAAUAUUUAUAUAAUUUGUUUAUUUUAUUUUUCGAAAAGCUACGAACGUUUCGAUCUUGAUCAGGUCAUUUUCAGCGCAAUAGCAAUUAAAAUAUGGUCCACAUUAUAACAAACUAUUGUUCGUAUUGAAUUUUUGCUCUUACGAUAUACCUACAUUUUCUUCGGUCUGUCCACAUUUCCGUUUAAAAUAAAGAAAGAGUUGAACUUCCUAGUUCUUCUCUUUACCGUACUGUCGGAAGUAGUGCCAUAGCAUCAUCUUAUUAAAAACUUGUAAAAGAUUCAAGUAAAAUCAUAAAACAUAUGUAAAAUCGUAGUAAGUAAACUACGGAUAAAGAUUAAAAGUUGGAUGUCAAUUA